GCAUUUGUCUGCUUGUUGAGCAGGAUUCUUUGAAGCGAAAUGGAAACUGAAAGUUGCUUCUUUCUGGGGAAGCUCUUUGAUUUGGGCAAUGCAUUUGGUGGCUUCAUUCAAAUCUUAAUUAGGCUAGGGAGCUAAGGGAGGUGGUGAGUCAGAGAUGGGACACAUUGGCGAGCCUGCAACCGGCGGCGCUGUAGUGAUGGGCUGUAAGGUGCUGCCGAUGUGGAGGGAGAACGGCGGCAUGGUGGACGGCGCGAGGAAGACGAUGGUGCAUGGGAAGAAAGCCGUGGCUCGAGUGAAGGAGCUCCUCAGGCGGGCUGCUCAGCCUACUGGUGCCAGCAGAUGGAAGAAGGUUCUGAGCUUCCAGGCGAGGGAUGGCGGCGGAGGCAUCAGCAAGGCGGGUGACGACAGCCCGAGCAAGCUGAGUUUCAAGUGGGACGUCGGGAGCUGCUCCUCUGCCUCUGCGUCGUCGUCGGCUAUGUAUUCACCUCUGUCAGCCGUGUCAGCGCCGGCAAAGGUGCUGUCGACGUCCAGCCAGCAACACCAGCUGCGGGCUUGGUCGGCCCCAGUCCCAGGCGUAAGGGACGAGCAGCGGACGGCGCAGUGGAUCACCACCGAUUCAGACUUCGUGGUGCUGGAGCUGUGAACUCGACUGAUCCGUUCCGUUCCUUAGGAUGAUGGAGGCCAGACAAGCAAGCUGCAGAUCACGCUGACCGACAACAUCUAGAUUUCAGACAGAUAAAUGAUGCAGCGAAUACUCCAGGACCAGGAGUAUGCUUGAAUCUGUACGGCCAAGUAUGGCAUGAGCAAACUUGAAUGGUUGAUUAGGUGAUAAUAAUAACAUACUGGCCGCCGUCCGAUUUAUUACGAGCGUGGAUCAGAGCACAAGAGUAGAGGCAUCAACGAACAAGUACCAGUGCGGUGCUGUAUAGUACGAGUACUAUUGUGCGGAAGGACUAAGAGGGUGUCUGGGACAAGGGGCUAAAGUUUAGCCCUUUGUCCCAUCGAAUGUUUCAACAGUUAUUAUAAAUAGUAAACGUA